AUGUUUGGUUCAAAUAAUAAUAGUAACAGCCUACCAUCUUCUUCAUCCUCUGUUGGAGGGGGUCUUUUUGGUAGCUUAGGAGGAACAGGAACUAACACAGGAGCUGCUACUGGUACUAACACAGGAACUGGACUUUUUGGUAACUUAGGAGGAACAGCAGGAACUGGAAUGGGAACAGGGUUUGGAUCUAAUUCUGGAGGAGGAUUAUUUGGGAAUUUAGGAGGUUCAGGUAACACUACAGGCAGUGCAACAAAUACUGGAUUUGGGUUUGGAUCAGGAUCAGUAUCUGGUUCUUCUUCAUCUGGAACUGGAGGAGGACUGUUUGGAUUUGGAUCAGGUUCUGCAUCAGGAUCAAACACAUCUCCACAAAAUAACAUUGGUUUAUUUGGUGGUGUUAGUUCUAAUAGUGGUAGUGGUACUAGUAAUAACACUGGUUUAGGUUUGUUUGGUUCUACUGGUAAUAAUACUAAUUUAGGAACUUCUCCAUUCGGAAAUACUACUAAUAACACAGUAUCAGCUUCUAGUGGACUUACAAGUAACAAUUCCUCAUCUCUUUUUGGAGGUAAUUCAACAUUAACGUCUUCUGGUGGAGGUUUUGGACUUUUUGGGUCACAAAACCAAAACUCGAAUUCAGCUGGUGGUAUUGGAAUUGGUUCAUCAACAUCAACUGGAGGGUUGUUUGGAUCAGGAGCUGGACCUUUGGGAACCACUACCAAUAAUAAUAUUAGUAGCUCUCAACCCACUACUAGUCUUUUUGGGACCUCAGGAAAUGCUUCUGGAGUGAAUACUGGUUCUUCCAGUUCUUCUUUAUUUGGUUCAACUGGAGCUAGUACUGGACUAUUUGGGAGUUCCUCUGGUACAACUAAUGCAACAUUUUCAUUUGGCUCAGCUUCAAAUCCUUCUUUGAUUUCUUCCUCUACUCCUACUUCGGCCACUAAUAUGGGCUUAGGGAUAGGCUUGGGACUAAGUUCCACAGGAGGAGCAUCUACUGUAAACACUGGUAGCAUCUUUGGAAGCUCCGGAAUUGGAACUGGAAUUGGGACAGGGACAGGAAUUGGAGCAGGAACAGGAAUUGGGACAGGAACAGGAAUUGGAUCUGGGACAUCUAAUUCUCUCUUUAGUUUUGGUUCCGGUACAGGAUCUUCUAGUAUAUCGUCAUCAACAGGUACUACAUCUGUCUUAGGUAACACAUUAGGUGGAACUUCACUAUUUGGUGCUUCCUCUCCAGCAAUAACAACAACCACUAACACAAGUGGUAUUCCAUCAUUAACAUCCUUGUCAACAUCUCCUUCACUUGUUACUAAUAAUGCUACUACCAAUACUACUACCAAUACUACUAAUAAUACUGCUACCAACAACAGCAGUAGCUUGUUUGGUAGUUCAUCCUCCUCUUUGUUUGGAGCAGGCACAGGAGCUACUACUACUACUACUGCUACUACUGCUACCACUACCUCCCCAUCAAUAAUAGGAAGUUCUGCUUCUGGCACUUCUUUGUUUGGUGGAGCGUCUACAACUGCUUCUACAAACGUGGCCACAGCUCCCAGUACUUCCUCCUCUUUAUUUGGUGGAUUGACCACAACAACUCCAACAAGUACUACUACCAUUGGAACAAAUCCUAAUAUUACUAUUAAUUCUUCUACAACUUCAUCUACUACUCCAACAUUAUCCACUUCUAUUACUGGAAUUAAUUCUGGUUUAGCAGGAAGUACUGGAUUAUCAACCUCAAGUAGUUUAUUUGGGUCCUCUUCUUCUAAUAAGCCUGAAAAUACUACAAACCUUUCUUUAGGAACUACAUCAUCUUCUACAAAUCCUUCAAUUUCUACUUCAGCUCCUGCUCCAAGCCUUGAAACAACAAUUUCUCACCAACAUGAAAGAGUUGAGGAUGUACUUAAAUCUUGGGAAAGUAGACUUUCAAAACAAGUCAAACUUUUUAACAAGGCAUCAUCAGAUGUACUAGAAGUUGACAAAGCAAUCAUCACAUAUACAACAAAACUUUACUCUAUCAGAGAAGAUCAACAGGAAAUUAGGAUGAGACAAGAAAACAUGGAUAACAGAAUUGAUCAAAUUGCUCAACAACAAAACAGUCUUUCUAAUACUUUAAAAAUCAUUGAAGAGUCCUUUUCAAAAAAACUUGAAGGAUCUAUUAAUUCUAACAGUAAUAUUGGUGUAAAUACAAAUAUCGGUACCUUUAAUAGUAGUAAUAAUAAUAGUAAUAAUAAUAAUAACAAUAGUAAUGGAUUGGGAACUGGAACAGUCGGAGGAAACUUUUCUGGAAACAAUGAUAAACCAAAUCAGAGUAUGAGGAUCUCAGCUGCAAGAGCCAAUGCUCUGAGUUCUGAGCUUCAAGAUAUUGAAUCUCAAGUUGAAACUUUAAUGUCCCAACUGAAUAACUUACAUGAAAGAAUCUACCCAUCACCACUUAGUGAGAUUGUUAAGAUUCUAAAUAUGCACCAGCUUACUUUACAAUCUAUUGAAAGUGAGGCUCAAAGACUUAAGGAGAAGAUCACUUUAGCUGAAGACUGUCUGGUCAGAAGGUAA